AGCCAUUUUGUCCCUAUGGUUUCAUUAAUAAAAGGGGCCAAAAGUAUCUGCAAUUGGUGUUUUGGUCCUUAGUAAGGAAAUCCUUGGUACAGUGAAAUUCCAGAUUCUUGAUUUGCUACAUUUGUUGACCAAAUGGCCAGUCAGAACAGUCUGGAAGUGCCACCUUGCAUUCAGACCCACAUACUAGAUGGCCAAGCCUGUGGAGGCAGCUUCCACAUGAUAGGUACUUAAAUCUGAAAGAACAGAGUCAUCAUGCAAUGGUUUGGGUUGCAUUAGUGAAACUAGGAUCCGUAUCAUAGAAGACCCUGAUUCUUGAAGUCUACCCAGGUUGGAAGCAGGGCUUCGGGGGCCCAGCUCGGUGUCUGGUGUCGUCCAUUGGCAUACCAAGUCUCCAGGUUGGGAUGUUGACUUGGGGACAUCCAAAGAGAUCAAUCAGAUUAGUGCCUAGAGUUGAUUGAGAGCUAAUUGAGGCUGAACCAAUGGAGAGAAGAGAGAGGACUGAGAUCAUCACAGCAUGACUUGUCAGGAAGCAACCUACACUCCACAUACAACCUCACGGGCAAAGUGCCUCAGUCCUGCAGGUUGGCUGCAUUAUGAUUUGUUCCGAGUCUCUGAGGCCUGCCAUCCUUCACAUCAUGGGAGCAGUAUGUAAAGACACAUUAGCCCACGUUGAUGAGCUAAUGUCUUGUUAGUGUCUAUCAGAGAAAAUGCUCGCUAUCAGAAAACACAGAACUAUUAAAUUUUCUUAUCAGCAUUGUGGCAUGUUCUCAUGCCGAGUUAUAUUGCUCAUCCUCCUUUAGUGGCAACCAGAGGUACACUGCUGAAUUUGGAAAGAGAAUACCAAGGUACAACAGUUUAUGGGAAGUUCAGACAAUCACUUUCACUAUGAUUAGUGAAGUAUUCUCUAGAGUUGGGUCUUCUCUUUCAGUUGACAUGUGGCAAUCAACAAUUCAGGUGCUUAAAAAUAUGAUGGAUGUCUUGGCAUCUAAGAAUCUACUUGUGGAAGAUAAUGUUAUGGCCAAGUUUUAUACAUCACUUCUGCAUUGCCUGCACUUGGUUCUUAUAGAUCCUAAGGGACCGCUUUCAGACCAUGUGGCGGGUUUUGUAGCAGCAUUGAGGAUGUUCUUCAUCUAUGGCAUUGCUAAUAAAUCCCAACUUUUGUAUCCAUUGGUUGGUCACAAGAAGGACAUUAGUUCCCUGAGGCUUAAGUUAAAUUUGGGAGAAUCUAGUAAAUCAGAUUCUGGUCCAUAUAGGCCACCACAUUUGCGCAAACAGGACCUGACAAUUCUGCAGCCACUGAAAGCUCAGGAAUCUGUGAGUUUCUCAGUACAAGAAUUUUCUACUAUUGAUUAUACCUCCUCUGAUUCAGAUUACAGUGACAAUGAUGGACCAGCAAAAGAUGCUGACAAUAUUCGCUGCUUCAAGGCCAGAGUAGCUGCUAUUGUCUGCAUUCAGGAUCUUUGUCGAGCUGAUCCCAAAUUGUUCACUGCCCAGUGGACGAUGCUUUUGCCCUCCAGUGAUGUGCUGCAGCCAAGGAAGUAUGAAGCUACUUUAAUGACAUGCUUGCUAUUCGAUCCUUAUUUAAAGGCACGGAUUGCAGCUGCCUCUACUCUUGUGGCCAUGUUGGAUGGGCCUGCAUCUGUUUUUCUUCAGGUAGCAGAAUUGAAGGAAUCCACUAAAUGCGGAUCUUUCACGGCACUUUCAAGCUCCCUUGGUCAGAUACUAAUGCAACUACAUACAGGUAUUCUAUACUUAAUCCAGCAUGAAACUCAUGGUGGAUUGCUGGCAUCGUUGUUCAAAAUUCUAAUGCUUUUGAUAUCAUCCACACCAUAUUCAAGAAUGCCGGGGGACUUGAUGCCAAAUCUUAUCUCAUCUCUUCGAGCAAGGAUUGAAGAGGGCUUUCCACCUAGAAGUGAUGAGACUAAUCUGUUGGCUGUCGCUAUUAAUUGCUUGACUGCAGCUCUAUCAGCCUCACCUUCCUCACCUAAAGUCAGAAAUUUGUUUGUAGAAGAACUACAUAAAGGUUUUGUUGAGCCUCAAGAGAAGCCUGGCAUUCUAUCUACCAUAUUUCGAUAUUCUGAACCAGUAAAUAGCCCAACAAUAAGCCUCGAGGCUCUCCAGGCUGUUAGAGCUGUGUCACAUAACUAUCCAGAUAUAAUCGUUGUGUGUUGGGAACAAGUUUCAUCUACUGUUCUUGGAUUUUUGAGGCUAAAUACUCUUGAAGUUCCAACUAGGCCUUGGAAGGAUAAUAUCGGGAAAGUGGUGGGGUCAAUUGGGGAAAAGGUCAUGACGGCUGCAAUCAAGGUCUUGGAUGAAUGUCUUCGUGCAAUAUCUGGAUUUAAAGGAACUGAAGAUCUUUUUGAUGAUAAAUUGUUUGAUACCCCAUUUACAUCUGAUUACACUAGGAUAAAGAAAAUUUCGUCAGCUCCAUCAUAUGGAUCAGAGAGCCUAGCUGUUACCAAGGAUGAACCGGAAGGAUAUAGAUUGGGGAGUGAGCAGUGGUCUGAGGCAAUUGAGAAGCAUAUGCCUCUGGUUCUGCAGCAUUCUUCUGCCAUGGUGAGGGCUGCAUCAGUUACUUGUUUUGCGGGAAUAACUUCUUUUGUUUUCUCUUCCCUACCAAAGGAGAAGCAGGACUUCAUUCUUACUUCCUCUGUCAAUGCUGCUCUGAAUGAUGAGGUUUCUUCAGUCAGAUCUGCUGCUUGUCGCGCCAUUGGUGUCAUCACAUGUUUUCCCCAAAUUGCUCAGAGUGCAGAGAUCCUUGGUAAAUUUAUCCAUGCUGCUGAUAUUAACACUCGCGACCCAUUGGUCUUGGUGCGUAUUACAGCGUCUUGGGCUUUAGCAAAUAUAUGUGACUCUCUCCAUCAUUGUAUUAAUGCUGUUACCUCCAAAAGGUGUUCUGUGGAUUUGAAGGUGGCCUCCCAUUUAAUUGUACUCUUAAUUGAGUGUUCCUUGCGACUGACAAAGGACGGUGACAAGAUCAAAGCAAAUGCCGUUAGGGCUCUUGGAAAUCUUUCUAGAUUUGUCCAAUUUACAAGUCAGCCUGGUAUUUCCAAUGAGCAUGUGGAUGUUAUGGGCUUGUCUCUAAUAAGUGACAGUGCUGAAGAGCUGCCAGGUAGGAGUGAUCUUAAUGAUAAGCAGAAGGAAAAAUUGGCUUUGAAUUCAUUCCAGCCAGCUUCAUUGGAAGAUUCACAAUGGCUGGGAAAGAUGGUGCAGGCAUUUCUUUCUUGUGUUGCAACUGGAAACGUGAAGGUUCAAUGGAAUGUUUGCCACGCAUUGAGCAACUUAUUUCUAAAUGAAACAUUAAAACUGGGAAAUAUGGAUUGGGCUCCAUCUGUUUUUAGUAUUCUUUUGCUACUGCUUCGUGAUUCUCCUAACUAUAAGAUCAGGAUCCAAGCUGCUGCUGCUUUGGCUGUGCCAGCAACAAUACUUGAUUAUGGGGGAUCAUUCUCAGAUGUCAUUCAGGGUGUGGAGCAUACUGUUGAGAAUUUAAGUUCAGACCAGAUAACACCGUCAAGUUUCAAAUAUAGGAUUGCACUCGAGAAACAGCUAACCUCAACCAUGUUGCAUGUGCUUGCCCUUGCUUCGAGUGCUGAUCAUCCUCCUGUAAAAGAUUUUCUUGUGAAAAAAGCAUCUUUUCUCGAGGAGUGGUUUAAGAUGCUAUGCUUGUCACUAGGGGAGACAAGUACUCAACUUGAGGCUGAAAAUAAUUCCACCGAGAACCAAAAGAAAGGCAUGAUAUCCAGAGCAAUAUGGUCACUAAUUGAAGUGUAUGAAAGCAGGGAUCAUCUGGCCACUGCACAAAAAUUCAACAAGUUGGCCAACAGCAUACCAUGAAUCACCAGGAGCCAUAGUCCUGCAAUGGGGUAAUAAGCCAUCGCAAUUGUGAGCAAUGAAGUGGAGGAUCUCCUGUAGUGCAUUGGCAGAGGGACCUCUUUGGAUGCGGAAUUCAUGUUUGUGCAAGGUGUCCACUGGAACUCAGCACUGUAGCUUGAUUUUGUAAGCAAUAAAAGAGAACAAUUUUGUAUAUUUUGGAAGGUGAUAUUUAACAAGUGCCUUCUUAAAGCUGUGUUGUCAGACUAGGAUGUUGAGGCUUGAGAUGUGUAAGGUGUCAUUGGUUGUACAUAUGUAUUACUAUUUGAAAGGUUUGAUAAACAGCCACGGGCGGUGGCUGUCAUCUGUGUUUACAAGGGCAAUGAAUAUUUUACCAUUUAGGUAAGCCAUGUUUUCUUUUUCAUCA